AUGGCUUCAGAAAUAAAAUUUACUCAAGAUACAAUGAAACAAUUUAAUGUUGCUAAAUCAUUUACAGUUAAUAAAGAUCGUAUUAAUGCAAUGAAUUUUUCACUUGAUGGUGAAACACUUAUAUCAUCAAGUGAUGAUGAUUCAAUUGUUAUUUAUGAUUGUAAAGAAGGAGAAACAAAACGAACUUUAUUUAGUAAAAAAUAUGGCGUUGAUCUUAUACAUUUUAUUCAUGGAACUGAACAAGUUUUGCAUGGUUCAACUAAAGUUGACGAUGCUGUUCGAUUAUUACAAUUAGAAGGAAAUAAAUAUAUACGAUAUUAUUCAGGACAUACGAAACGGUAAAUUAAUCUUAAAUGACUCAGAAAAAAUUUUUUCUUUGGGUUCUUCCGAUACACUUUUUUUUCUUUCAAAAAGUUUUUAUUAUGUAAUCCACUGUAUU